CAGUGAAUUGUAAGACUAUGAAUCAUUCAUUACUGCAUAUCUAGUACCUGUCUCAAUGACUUCCACAUAAUAGCUGCUCAAUAAAUGUUUGUUAAAUUAAUAAGUGCUUGUCUCCUUUGCACUCUAUCUACUACUCACAAACCUCAGAUUGUUGCAGGGUUUAUGUUAAUGCAUUGGUAAUCUUUGUUUUGUGAAUUUUUUCUGAAAGAGUAGAGUAAGGGAAGUGAAAAAAAUUCUGUGUCUUGUCACAUCCAAUUGCCUUAAAGGAGCUGGGAAGAGAGCAAUUCACACUUGAUUAUCUUAAAGCAGAUAAAUUAGCAGCGCUUGAAUUGCUGGGCAGUCUGGUGCUAGAGCUCUUCUGAACCUGAACAGUCAGCUCUGUUUCACCUCAGAGGCCAUGCGUCCUUCCCUUUCAGUCUUGGCUCUUGGCAUUCUGCUAACCUUGGCCUUGUGCCAGCCAUUCCAAUUUCAAGAACACGUCCUUCUCCAAUUUCUGGGCCUAGACAAGGCGCCUUCACCCCUGAAGUUCCAAUCUGUGCCUUAUAUCUUGAGGAAAAUCUUCCAGGAUCAAGAAGCAGCAGCAACCACUGGGGUCUUCCAAGACUUAUGCUAUGUAAAGCAGCUGGGUGUUCGUGGGAAUGUACUCCGACUCCUUCCAGACCAAGGUUUCUUUCUUUACUCCAAGAAACUUUCCCAAGCCUCCUCUUGCCUACAGAAGCAACUUUACUUUAACCUAUCUGCCAUCAAAGAAAAGGAGGAGUUAACAAUGGUUCAGCUGGGCCUGGACUUGGGACCCAACACUUACUACAACCUGGGACCAGAACUGGAAUUGGCUCUGUCUCUGCUUGAGGAGCCUCAUGUUGGGGGAGAGGGUGAGGGUGGGGGCAGUUCCCUCCCUAAGAUGGGUAAAAUGUUAGCAUUGCAGUCAGUGCCAUGGCCCCAAGGCGUCCUUUACUUCAACCUGUUGCAUGUGGCUAAGGAUUGGAAUAACAACUCCAAGAAGAAUUUGGGUUUGUUCCUGGAAAUCCUGGUCAAAGGGCACAGAGAUACGGAGGUGAAUUUCCAGCCUGAGGACACCUGUGCCCGACUAAGACAUCUCCUUCAUGCUUCCCUGCUGGUGGUGACCCUCAACCCUGAGCAGUGUCACCCUUCACCCCGAAAAAGGAGGUCAGCCAUCCCUGUCCCUAAGGCUUCUUGCAAGAACCUCUGCCAUCGUCACCAGCUGUUCAUCAACUUCCGGGACCUGGGUUGGCACAAGUGGAUCAUUGCCCCUAGGGGAUUCAUGGCAAACUACUGCCAUGGAGAAUGUCCUUUCUCACUGACCACCUCUCUCAACAGCUCCAAUUAUGCUUUCAUGCAAGCUCUGAUGAGUGCCGCUCAUCCAGACGUCCCUCACGCUGUCUGUAUCCCCACCAGGCUGUCCCCCAUUUCCAUGCUCUAUCAUGACAAUGAUGACAAUGUCAUUCUACGACAUUAUGAGGAUAUGGUGGUUGAUGAGUGUGGGUGUGGGUAGACUGCCAGAAA